AUCAUGGCCCACAGCCCAGUCUCUCCAGUCCAAACAGAGCUAGCACGAAUACCACCCUUCUCGUCGCUCUCCCUCGUCGUCGUCGUCGUCUACCUACCAACCUUCCAAAAUUCCCCACCCACUCGCAAACCCUAGCUCCGAUCAGCCCCUCGGACCAGAUCCAUCCCUCGCCCGCGCCUCGCCACCAGCCCCGUCGCCAUGGCAGAUGAGGAACCUGUUGAUCCGAAGAAGUACCUUGAGGAGCGAUGCAAGCCACAAUGUGUGAAGCCACUGUAUGAGUAUGAGAGAUGUGUCAAGAGAGUUGAGUCCGAUGAUACUGGGCACAAACACUGCACUGGGCAAUAUUUCGACUAUUUGUCAUGCAUCGAUAAAUGUGUAGCACCAAAGCUCUUUGAGAAGCUCAAGUGAUGACUUGGUGCCACUGUCAACUGAGUGACCUGAUCUUUGUCCAGAACCUUGUGCACUUAAAAUAUUGGAUGAGUCCAGAAACUGCUCUCUGAUUGCGUCCCGGUUUUCCGUGAACUUGUAAUAAGAGUCACUGUUUUUUACACUCCCCUUUUGCAAACAUGGAUUUCUGUGGACUAAGGGCCGAUGGCAGCGGUAGUAAUCUUAUGUCUGUUGAUUACCAUUCUUGUAUAAACCAUUUUCUCUCUCCUUGAGAGUUGAGAUCAUGUCUGACACAACCGCAUGGAGUUAUAUGUUGUCCUUUUGGCAAUUUAAACUUUCAGAGAGCAAUCAAGUUGGGGGA